GCGUGAUUCAGCGCCACUAUGUGGGUAUGGAAUAAGGCUGCAUCGCUUGUUCGCCUGGGCAGAUCCACUCCCUUUCAUAGACUGUCCAUCUCGAGGCCGGCCAGGGCAGUACCACACACUCUACGUACGCGCUCAUGGGACUUCCACAAAGGGGUUAACGACCCCAGAGGAUUCCACACCUCCAUCGCAUGCCGCUACGACGACUACGAAGACGAUCUAAAUGGAGGUGAAAUGCGUAUCAAAGGUAUGAACAAAGGAAGGAGGAGCCGUGAUGACGACGAUGAUUUUUACGAACACAAAAAGAAGAAAAAGAAAAAACCGUCCAAAAUUGUACCACGGAAUAUAAUGCUGAGUGAAAACACGUCUGUGAUGGAUGUUAUACUACAAAGCGGCGAGAGUAUAGGUCCGUUCAUGGCCCGAUUGCACCACAAAACGGGCGACCGAUCAUACAAACCCGAAACCAUCCUGCCCUACGAGGAAGCUGUCCUUAUUGUGGAGGAAAUGGGACACAAUCCAGAGCAAAUAGCCUUUACGCAGAAUCAAUUGAAAAGGCCUGCAGACGAGAACAUCGACAAGUUCAAGCCCAGGUCACCCGUAGUGACCAUCCUGGGCCACGUGGACCACGGCAAGACCUCUCUGCUGGAUUUCCUGCGCACGGCGAAUGUGGCUGCCGGCGAGGCAGGGGGUAUCACCCAACACAUUGGUGCCUUCAAGGUUACAACAAGUGAUGGAGAUGAGAUUACGUUCUUGGACACCCCUGGGCACGAGGCUUUCACAGAUAUGCGGAAGCGAGGCGCUGAGUGCACUGACAUAGCCAUUCUCGUGGUGGCUGCAACUGAGGGGUGCCAAGCCCAGACGGUGAAGCAAAUUUUGGAUGUGCAUAAUAAGGUGCUGAAGGGCGCUGGCCCCAGCACAGCCUGCCAUAUCACCGGUUGGGAUUCUCUACCUCCAGCUGGUGCUGUACUUGUGGAGGUCGCAUCAGAAAAGGUGGCGAGGUCUAUUUUGGACAAGCGCAACUCACAAAGUGAAAGAUUAGAAAGUCUUAAACGACAGACCGACUCCUCCAGGCUGAGCAACAAAGACCAGAAAAUCAUCAACGAAGCGAAAUUGGGUGGUAAGACAGGUCCCGACGACGCUCCCAGGUUGACCCGCAGAGACAAACGCUUCGCCCUGAGACAGAAGUUGGCAGCCGAGAAUUGGGACAAAGUGGAAACCAAAAAGGAAUACUUUGUCGACGAUCCGGAAUACGACUUCGGUGAACAGCUGACACUCCCGGUCGUGAUUCGUGGGGAUGUCGAGGGUACAGUGAGUGCGUUGCAGCAGUCGUUGGUGGCACUAAAGAACCGCAAGAUCAAGACCGAUGUGAUUGCGAGUGGUGUUGGGCCCAUAACUGAGUCAGACAUCGACCGGGCUAUAACUGCGGAGGGUGCGGUGGUAGCCUUCAAUGCGCCUUGUCCUGCGGCUCUAGAGCGAAUGGCCGAGAAGGCCGAUGUACAUAUAAUCAAAUCCAAGGUUAUAUACCACAUCCUGGACGAAGUCAAGGAGCAGCUUUCACAAAGGCUGCCUAAGCUCAAGACGAGGGAAGUGGACGGAGCUGCUAUCGUUAACGAGGUUUUCCCCCUGAGAGAUAGGAAUAAGUCUGUGGUCGCGGGCUGCCGGGUCACAGAGGGGCAGAUAAAAAAGAAGUCACUAUACAGAGUUCGUAGAGGGAACCAGACUCUGUGGGAUGGUCAGGAUGCAGAGGAGCUGCGUCAUCACAAGGACGUCGUCCCAUUGGUCAAGAAUGGGCAAGACUGUGGUAUCCGGCUUGAUGGCUUCGGCGAGUAUGAGGUCGGAGAUAUCAUCGAAACUUAUCAUGUAGUGUAUGUGGACGAGACGUUCGAUCCAGGAGACGUAUAAAUAAAGAGUUAUAACACAGUGUAUUCUGGAGGCAUAUCACGAUCCAUCGUCUGACAGUUUAAUCGAGCAAUUGGUGUACUUCUGAACAAUACCAGGGGCAAAUACAGUCGACUUUUCAUUCAAUAAACAGUCCCUACGCUUCGUAGCGGGUGGUCCGGCACAGCACAGCAAACUUGGUGACUGCGACUGUAGGGAAACCCUGUCAGAUACAGAUACAGUUAUUUGCUCAAUUUGUG